AUGAGGUGCCAGGCCCAGCCAGGCCCAGCGCUCACCACCUCCGGGGACUCCCACAGCGUAGCCGCCAACCACGUGGGGCCCACAAACGUUCAGGUCCCCAGGAGCGGGCCCCCACCCCCUCGUCCCCAGGGUCCCCAGGAGCGGGCCCCCACCCCCUCGUCCCCCAGGGUCCCCAGGAGCGGGCCCCCACCCCCUCGUCCCCAGGGUCCCCAGGAGCGGGCCCCCACCCCCUCGUCCCCAGGGUCCCCAGGAGCGGGCCCCCACCCCCUCGUCCCCAGGGUGACCCAGCACGGGGAACGGGCCCUGCCUGGGGACUCGCCGUUGGUCCCAGAUAAGAGCUCCGCCUCCAGUAUCUCAGGCCGGCACGGCCACCCCGCUCCCACCAGCGCUCAGAUGGGUCCCAGGGCCCCGGCGUCCAGCCCUGAGGGUCCCAGCAGUGCUCCAGAACCACAGCACAGUGCGAGAGGGCCCCCGCGGGCACACCCAGGGCAGAACUGUGUGGAGGGGCCGCGAGGCAGCGCUGACCUCCGUCACCCGUCCCAGGAGGAAACGCCCCCACAGGCCUCGCUGAGGAGAGAAGGGCCAGGCCCCGAGGAGCUGGCAUCGCGGCGGGCCGCUGCGGGACCACCCCCCGUGGCCGCGAGCGGUGGCUCUGAGAUGCACGAAAGGGACACCCGCCACACGAGGCACGUGCAUCCCUGCCACGUGCCGCCGCACGCACGUCCCAAAACUUCCAAAACAGGCGGAGGGCUGCCAGCUCCCAGGGCUGCACUGCAGGGUUACCGGGAGGAGCUCAAGCCCACUCGGGGGAGCACGGGCUGCCACACAGGAGCAGCAGGGACGAAAGGCCACCCGUGCUGGGGCCUGGGGCUGGGGUGCGGAGGAAAGGGCGGGCGCGCAGGCGGAUUCUCCGCAGUGAGGCAGGGACCCCGCGGGGAGCUCCGAGGACGGGGGCGCCAGCACUGCGGGCAGCCUGGGACGCGGCCGCUUCCAGACGCAUCCUGGCGUUCCGAGCCUGCCCUGAUUGCAGCCUGCAUCCGGAGACCUGCGGCCGCCCCCCCGGCCCGCGCGGUGAGGCAUCCCACGCACACGUGGGUGUCCGCCCAUCCCUGCACUCUCCGGGACAGGUGUUCCGGACAGGACAGCACCCGGGGAGAGAGUCUCACUCCCGCAGAGGAGUGGAGUGUCCCACCGCCCGGACAGCCUCCAGCGCGGGCUCCAACCGCGCCCGGAGCCGCUCGAGCGAAAGCUGUUCACACCUACCGACGCCGGGCGCAGGAAACCGGUGGCUUGGCUGGGGACCAGACGCGCCCCGGGGGCUUCCCCGCGGGCCGAGCGGAGGCCGACCGGGGCGGACGCUGGGGGCCUGCGCGGGGGUUCCCACGGGGGCCGAGGCCGCACGUGGGGCUCACUGCCCCCGCGCCCACUCGGGACCCCCGCAGCCCUGGCCCGCGCCCCCGCGCCCGCCCCGGGACCCGCAGUCCGUGCAGCCUGCGCUCUCGCCGCGCCCCGGAGCCCCGCACCCCGCGCCCACCUGGCGCUCGGAGCGCGCGCACCGCCCCCACGCCCACUCGGGAGCCCCGCGGCCCUCGCCCCCGCCCCGGGCGCCUGCAGAGCGCCGAGCCCCGUACCUGCGCGCUCGCGGCCUCCGCGGCCCGCUGCCGGGGUGGACCACACUGCCCACAAUGCCCCGCGGCAGCCCGCUUCCGGGAGGCUGGGGGAGGGGGCGCACCUGGUCCCGCCCCCGCCACGCGUCACGCGGACGCCAGCGGCAGCGUCUCGGCCCCGCGCCCCGCGCCCCGGCGAGUCGGGGCUCAGCCGCACCCCAGCCCACCCGGUCGCCGCCCCCUGGUCACGCGCGCCCGGCCGCCCCGCGCGGGCGACUCCGCGUGCGUCCACCCGCCCGGCCGCAGCCGCCGCCGCGCCCCCGGACCCCGCUCCCGCGCUCCUCGCGCGCCCCUCGCGGCUGCCCACCCAGCGCGCGGCUCUGGUCACGCCGAUCACAGCUCGGGGUGGGCCGGCGGCCUCCGGGAGGGCCCUGGGGAGAGGCGCCGCUGCCGCCCGCAGCCGUGA